UACAGCCUGACUGGCUACGCUUAGUUAAAAUCCGUCUGGUAGGCAGCCUAUAUUUACCAAGCGAACAAGUCUUAUUGCUGAUGACUUUUUGCAGAACAAGGACGUUUUGUCUUAUCGUAAUGGCAAGAUCUAUGAAAUGUCGUUAAAAUGAUGGCUUUAUGGCGGUCGUUUUUACAUACAUGGACCCGCUGGUGAUGGAUUUUAGCUUACUGUAUUCCGUCUACGUCGUGUUAGUGCCAGCAACCUUUGUGGAAUAUGCUAAACGAAUGACUUCAAUGUGCUUCAUCCGAACGUCAGCAAGUCUUUAUAAUUAGACAUCAAUGGCUUCAGCGUUGAAUUGCUUCGGCGGUCCGGAGGUGCUAGAGGACGCAAAUCACGCUCAGGGGGUAAUGAAGCAAAUGAAACUGCUGUACGACUGUCAUCUGCUGGGAGACGUGACCAUCGAAGUUUUGAGCGAAGGGGACUUACUGGAGCACGGCGGCGACACUGCCACUGGGGACAGACCUCAACUUUUUCUGUGCAGCCGUAUCGUUCUAGCUUCGGCCAGUCCCUACUUUAAAAGUAUGUUUACUGGGGGCUUGAAUGAAAGUAUUCAACAGAGGGUGGUCAUCCGUGGUGUGGAUGCAGAAUCCAUGUCAGUCAUUAUAGACUACUGUUACACAGGCAGAGUUUCUAUCACAGAAAGAAAUGUCCAAAGACUAUAUGCUGCAUCUAACAUGCUUCAACUUGAAUAUAUAAGGGAGGCUUGCUCUAGUUUUAUGACAAGACGACUGGACCUUUCCAAUUGCGUCAUGAUUUUAAAAUUUGCUGACACUUUUGACAAUCCUGAUCUUAAACAUAAUGCCCAAGCUUUCAUAGCUAGAAACUUCAAUUUGCUGUGCAAUACUGGGGAAUUAUGUGGCCUGGACUUGAAACAACUGAAAGAACUUCUCCUGCUAGAUUCCUUAGAUGUUGACUGUGAAAGAAAAGUAUGCUCUGCAGCCUUACAAUGGAUUGAGGCAAAUGCUUCACAGGAAGAUGCAAUACAAGUUCUUAAAUGUGUGCGCUGGGAUUUGUUUACAGAAAAAGACAAGUGUUAUCUUGAAGGUCUUAUGGCAAGGCCUUUCCUUGAUACUUACAUUGCUUCUGUUUUCAAUUCCUCCCCAGAUAGCAACUGUGAACUUCCUGCGCCUUUGCCAAAACACAGAAUAGGUGUGAGUGCCAAAGAAAUGAUAAUUUUCUUUGGUUUGCCAAAUGAUAACAUAAUGUGCUGUGAUCCUUAUUCAGAGGAUCUCUACUUCAUGUCUCCACCUCUUCAAGACUUGAGCAGCCAGGAUUACAAACGCUUUACUGUGGAGUCCCUAAAUGCCUGUGCAAGCCCAGAAAACAACCUGUACCUCGCUUCACACCUGUCAAAACAUUUCUGGUUGUACAAUCCAGUGAAAAACUCCUGGCAGGAGUUGGCAGAGAGACCUCUUGGAAGGAUUCACUCAGGAAUGGGUUACCUCAAUGGUCAUGUGUACCUUUUAGGUGGUAGAAACCCAGUUACUGAUGCCAGAAUAAAAGAAGUUGAAUGUUACAGUGUUCAAAGGAACCAGUGGACAUUUGUAGCUCCUCUUCCUCACUCUCUGGGAAAAAUGCAAGUAGUGGCACUGAAUGAUCACUUGUAUGUUGUGAAUAAAAGACGAAUGCUCUGUUAUGACCCCAAGAAGAACCGCUGGCGUCACUGUGGGUCACUGAGGCGAGACAAGUUACACAAAGCUUGCGUUUUUCAAGACCAAAUUAUCUGUGUUUGUGACAUUCCUGUUGUGAAGGCCUAUAGUCCGACCAGAGGGGAGUGGAGGAGAUUGCGUGAUAUUCCUAUAGAUAGUCGCGCCCUAAAUUACCAGGUGAUCCAGCACAAUGGCAAAUUGCUUCUGCUCACACAAACUCUUCUGCAGCAUAACAAAAACAGGGUACUUAUUCAUGAAUAUGAUCCAGUCCGAGACAGCUGGAAGGGCAUUAUGGCAGUUUAUGUAUCCACUUUGGGCCCUGUGUGUGUCUCAAUGCGUGUUUACCCAGCAUGCCUCAGUUCAGCUCGCAGGUUCUCUGUUGAGGAGGAUGAUGACAGCGGGUCCAGUGCGGAUUGGGACUUUGAUGGACUGACAGAUGCAGACACUGAUUCAGGCAGCUCUAGCUCAUUCUCAGAUGAAAACUGGUAGUGGGCAUUGAUUAACUUCCUCUUAUAGUUGUUAAUUUAUUUUUUAUUUAAUUAUGUAAAAUGGUUAGGGAUGACUAAAUGGUGGGAAAAUAUGAAUAUGCUUUACCGGUAUUUAUUAUUAGCCUGAUUCAUCAGCCCCUGGAGAGAAAUGAAAUUGAGCGGAGGCACUAGAUGGCACCAGUCUGGCUAAUUUAUUAUGUCAUUGGGAAAGAAAAGGGACACAAUAUACAUGACUAUUCUAUUUAAAUAUUGUGAAAGAUACAGGGUACAGGCAACCCAAACAAAAAAAAAUAAUAACUCCACUGAAAAGCUAACACUUACUGAAAUUCAAGCCCUGUGUAAAAUUUGCAUGACUAGUUAGAUUAGAUUUUAUUAUAAUUUCAGUUAGAAAGACUAGACUUUUUUAUAUUCCCUUAGUUGAUAAGUUUGCUAAAAGCAAAUUAAGAAAAGAUAACAUUUUCAUUUUAAAUGCUACCUCAAAUCAAGUUGACAAAACCUUUUUUUUUUCCUUUUAUAUAUGAAGCUAGAAUACAAUAUGGCCUAUGGGCUGGCAUACAAAAGUGCCUAAUCUUAAAGCAAUGCCAUAAACUUUGUAGUCUACUCCCUGUAAGACAACAUCCUUACCCCAUAAGUACUGUAAACUGCCUCAGGACUUGACAAAUUCAAGGAUGACUUUAUUAAUUUGUGUUUGGUGGUGUUUUGUGUAACUGUAUAUUUUAAAGUAAAGUAAAAGGCUUGUCUAGUG